AUGCGAAAUUGGGCAGGUGGAACCUCAGUAUCUGGGGUUCCACUUGGGUCACGGACAGGUGUGACGCCAGAUUGUGUUGAAGCAGAGGAUUCUCCGCAAAUGCAGCUGGAUGACGGUCGUUCUAAAUCGGUGUUCAACAAAGGGCAGGAUGUGGAUUUUAAAUGCGAUCCAGGUUACACGCUAACAGCUGGAAUGGUGAAAUGUCCAGCAAUUUUCGUCGCCAAUGGUCAGGUUUCCACGCAAGCAGUUGUGUUUAACACCGUUGUUCAGAUCACCUGCGCUCCUGGACUUAAGCUGAAUGGAGGGCAGAAACUCCGCUGUGGAGCAGAUGGUUCCUUGAUGCCAAAUGUACCCACCUGUAAGCCAGUGACCUGUCCAGACAUUUACGUCGCCAAUGGUGAGGUUGCCCCACAAGCGGUCGUGUUUAACACUGUUGUUCAGAUCACCUGCUCUCCUGGAUUCAGUCUGAAUGGAGCACAGCAACUCCGCUGUGGAGCAGAUGGUUCCUGGACGUCAAAUGUUCCCACCUGUGAGCCAGUAUUUCAGAGUCCAGAAUCCGUGACCUGUUCAGCACCCGUGGUUGAAAAUGGAGUGGUAAAAGGUGGAGCCAAGCCAUCGUACGAACCCAACGAUACUGUUAUCAUCAAAGCUGGCUGUCAUUGUGUUGAACCAGAGGAUUCUCCGCAAAUGCAGCUGGAUGAUGGUCGUUCUAAAUCGGUGUUCAAGAAAGGGCAGGAUGUGGAGUUUAAAUGCGAUCCAGGUUACACGCUAGCAAAAGGAAUAGUGAAAUGUCCAGCAAUUUCCGUUGCCAAUGGUCAGGUUUCCACGCAAGCGGUUGUGUUUAACACCGUUGUUCAGAUCACCUGCGCUCCUGGCUUUAAGCUGAAUGGAGGGCAGAAACUCCGCUGUGGAGCAGAUGGUUCCUGGAUUCCAAAUGUUCCCACCUGUAAGCCAGUGAAAUGUCCGUCCAUUGUCAUCACCAAUGGACGGGUUUCCCCACAAGCGGUCUUGUUUAAUGCAGUUGUUCAGAUCACUUGUGCUCCUGGAUUCAAGCUGAAUGGAGCACAGCAAGUCCGCUGUGGAGCAGAUGGUUUCUGGACUCCAAACAUUCCCACCUGUGAGCCCGUGAAAUGUCCAGUCGUAGUCGUCGCCAAUGGUGUGGCUGCCCCACAAGCGGUUUCAUUUAAAGCUGUUGUCCAGAUCUUCUGCGAUCGUGGGUUUGUACUGAACGGAGCACAAUUAAUCCGUUGUGGAGCUGAUGGUUCCUGGACGCCAAACAUUCCCACCUGUGAGCCAGUAACUUGUCCAGACAUUUACGUCGCCAAUGGUGAGGUUGCCCCACAAGCGGUCGUGUUUAACAACGUUGUUCAGAUCACCUGCUCUCCUGGAUUCAGUCUGAAUGGAGCGCAGCAACUCCGCUGUGGAGCAGAUGGUUCCUGGAUGUCAAAUGUUCCCACUUGUGAGCCAGUAACUUGUCCAGACAUUUACGUCGCCAAUGGUGAGGUUGCCCCACAAGCGGUCGUGUUUAACACCGUUGUUCAGAUCACCUGCUCUCCUGGAUUCAAUCUGAAUGGAGCACAGCAACUCUGCUGUGGAGCAGAUGGUUCCUGGAUGCCAAAUGUUCCCACCUGUGAGACUGUAACAUGUCCAGACAUUUACGUCGCCAAUGGUCAGGUUGCCCCACAAGCGGUCGUGUUUAACACCGUUGUUCAGAUCACCUGCUCUCCUGGAUUCAAUCUGAAUGGAGCACAGCAACUCCGCUGUGGAGCAGAUGGUUCCUGGAUGCCAAAUGUUCCCACCUGUGAGCCAGUAUUUCAGAGUCCAGAAUCUGUGAACUGUUCAGCACCCGUGGUUGAAAAUGGAGUGAUAAAAGGUGGAGCCAAGCCAUCGUAUGAACCCAAUGAUACUGUUAUCAUCAUCUGCAAAGCUGGCUGUCAUAUGAUUGAGUGUCAAAAAGAGUGUGGUGAACCACUGGUUUAUCCGGAAAUGCAGCUGGUUGGCUGCUAUGGUACUAAAUCUGGGUUCAACAAUGGGCAGGUUGUGAAUUAUAAAUGCGCUCCAGGUUACACGCCAACAGGCGGAAGUCCAAUAUCGCACUGUAUGGAAGGACACUGGUCUCCCUUGAAGAUGAAAUGCCUUGUGGUGAAAUGUCCAGCAAUUUCCGUUGCCAAUGGUCAGGUUUCCCCGCAAGCGGUUGUGUUUAACACCGUUGUUCAGAUCACCUGCGCUCCUGGAUUCAAGCUGAAUGGAGCACAGCAAGUCCGCUGUGGAGCAGAUGGUUCCUGGAUGCCAAAAGUUCCCACCUGUGUGCCCGUGUUUGAGUCCAGAAUCCGUGACCUGUUCAGCACCCGUGGUUGA